AUGACACUGGUUAAACGGGCGACAAAGUGCUUGGACCAUGUAGAAGCAGCCUACAAGAUGUGGAUGCAGUGGUACUACACGCCACACAGAUUGGCCCAAAUAUACCCAGGGGUGCAGAAUAGAUGCUGGCGCUGCAGCCAACAAGGGGGAAACACGAGCCACAUAUUCUGGUACUGCCCGGCACUCAGCCAAUACUGGCAACACAUCCAAGACAUAAUUACAUCCAAACUAGGAAAACAAUUACCACUCAAACCCGAACACUAUCUGCUCCACAUGCUACCCCGAGACUUUACAGCCCAUGAAGCAGUGCUGACUACCCACAUCACCUUAGCAGCUAAAACGUGCAUAGCCGCCUUGUGGAAAACAACGACAGUACCUGACAUAAAAACAGUACUCGCCAAAAUAAGCCUCACCCGACAGUACGAGCAGAUGGCACAUACAAUAGGUGGCACAUUAGAACACUACAACAGGACAUGGUCCAAGUGGUGA